UUUGUCCAACAAAAGCAUUCACUUUAACACUCAGUCGGUGAUUAAACAUCACAAAGUGCACAACGGCAAGCGCAAGAAUUCUCUUUCGGAACUACAUGCCUAACUCCCCUUAAACAUGACAUUGGACUUUUAUUACCUGGCAGUUUCGGCACCUUGCCGGGCGGUUAUAAUGACCGCCAAAGCUUUGGGCGUUGAACUUAACAAGAAAACUUUGGAUCUUUAUGGUGGUGAACAUUUAAAGCCAGAAUUUCUCAAAAUCAAUCCUCAACACACCAUACCCACCUUGGUUGAUGAUGGCUUUGCCAUAUGGGAGUCACGACCUAUUAUGAUCUAUUUGGUGGAGAAAUAUGGCAAAGAAGAUGACCCCUUGUAUCCCAGCUGCCCUCAGCAACGGGCGGUGAUUAAUCAACGACUCUAUUUUGAUAUGGGAAGUUUGUACAGUAGCUUUGCCGAGUACUUCUAUCCCCAGGUGAAAGAGAAGAAACCGGCAGAUCCCGAAAAGUUUAAAAAAUUCGAAGCCGCCAUGGAGUUUUUGGAUUUAUUCUUAUCCACCUCCAAAUAUGUGGCAGGUGAUAACAUGACUUUGGCUGAUCUCUCCAUUUUGGCCACUGUCAGUACCAUUGAGAUUGCCCAAAUUGAUUUUAGCAAAUAUGAACAUUUGUCUAAAUGGUAUGCUGGCAUUAAGGAUACAGCCCCUGGUGCCGAUGAGAAUUGGGCUGGCUGCUUGGAGUGCAGAAAAUUUGUGGACAAUUCAUAAAUGCUGUUGAUGAUUGAGAUUGUAUUUGAAUGUAAAAUUUAAAUUUUAUCCUUAAAAAAAAAAAACAAUUUCUAUGUACAUGUUAUACGGGUGUUAUAUGUUUAAUCAAAUCAAUAAAUAUGCAAGGAUUUUAUUUUGGUGUUA